GUGUUGUGACGGCACCGAGUGAGUUCAAGACCAGACUUGACCAACACUGGAGCAGGUUAAGGUACAUUCAGGAGCCGGUGCAUGCCUAGUACCUGCCAUCAGUGCGUGACAGACGUGACUGAUCGCCCAAGCGGCUAACGAACCGAUCAGUGGUGAAGAGGAUAAAAGCAAGUAAAAGGCUGGUCCCCGAGAUAUGUUAGGGACUGUUAGUUGAUUGAAAAUGUACUAAGGAAGGCCACCACCUGCACUACGGUACCUCAGCUGCUCUGAGUGAUUAGAGCGUCUGCAACUGCCUAUCUAUUACUAAUCAGCGGUAACUACCCAGUAAGGUACGGUAAUUACCAUUAUUGUAUUCAGGGAAGUACUUCGUCUGUAUUUUCCCACGUAAGUUUUUCUUAGUUAAAUGUUUUAUUAAUCUGAAAAGAAUUAUAUUAUUAUUAGAUAAAAGUAAAUGUGUCAGUAACAUUAAAGUACUUUUAUGAUCUAAUUGGAGUAAAUCAGUAAUGUUAGCAUUCCUGAUUCAACGGCCGACUUUUUCCGAAGCUGAAAAAUUUGGAGUCUGUACAGUUUUCUUAUUUCUUUUUAUUUUUCCGUAAAGUUUUCCUUACAGUUUCUUAUCUACACCAUAAUAUAAAUUAACUUACCGUAUAAUUUAUAUUCAAAUUUGCAUUUAAUAUUAAGGAUGGAUUUAUUUUUUAAGUCCCUCAUCCGGAUAAGGUUUUUGGCGAAUAGGAGCGCAGAGACAUAGGGGGCGAGGUGCUGCCAGUCGUCUCUAUCACCUAACAGACGCUGUUCUUUAAAUAUAAACAACUAGUACCAUACAACAACAUUGCACCCACAACUCAAUUGAAGUGUAAAAAUCCUUUUGGAGAUGCAGUCGAUGUUCCCAGUGUGGUUUGUGAGCCUCUUGCUGCUCACUAUCUUCAUCACACUUCAGUUGCAGCACGUAGUUGACCAGAGUAACCACUGCCGAAAGUUGAUUGUUCCUGUGAGUGUGGGAAGCAAGAGCUCUCACUAUCCACACCCGAGUUUAUAUGACUACAAUAUCACACAGUCAGUUGCAGGUGCAGAUGAAGGAUUUAGGGAUAUGUACUUCGCCCCAGUGUUGGAGGCGUACCGUAAGGUGGCUGAGAAAUCAUAUGCCGAGAUGCCUCAACGACGAUUUAGGUCAGGCUAUAUUCCCAAAGUGGUGAUGUAUGUCAACCACAUGUAUGUAUAUAUUGAGUGGUAUUACAUGCACAUGAAAGACAUCAAUGAGGGUCGAUGCCCACUGCCCUGCAAUAUUACCUCGGACAUCAAAGAGGUAACGAGUGCAGAUGCAGUGCUAAUACAUUUACUAAGUGUCAAAUCUGCAGAAAAAUUGUCAGAAGAAUUAGGUACACGUGAUCAAUCACAACCAUGGAUUAUGUUUGAACCAGAAACACACUUCAAGGGUAAUGUUAUGUUUCGCAAUGACUACAAGUUGUUAAAUGGCGUUUUCAAUCGCACAAUGCAUUAUCGACGGGACUCGGACAUCUUGAUGUUGCAUGGAUUUGUUGUACGUCGUGGAAGAGAUGCCAGUCUGCUACCUCCAACAUGGCGUCGCCAGCCAGAAUUACAUCAAAUAAAUAAUACACAAAAGCUUGCUGUUGCAUUUAUCUCUAAUUGUAAAGAUAAAAGUGGAAGACUGGAAUAUAUUGAAGCCCUAAAGAAGUAUGCCCCUAUUGAUGUGUAUGGCAAGUGUGGAGAACUUAAAUGUGGACAUUCCCUAUUUACUAAUGAGGGAUACAGAAUCGAUUUAGAACCUUGUAUGAAAUAUGCUGGACACCAUUAUCUUUUUUUUUUAGCAUUUGAGAAUGCCUUGUGCAAAGACUAUGUUUCUGAAAAGUUAUAUAACCUACUUUACUAUCCCAUGGUUCCUGUGGUGUUAGGGGGUGCUGAUUACUCUGCCUUGCUUCCCCCAAACUCCUAUAUCAAUGCACAAGAAUAUUCACCACAACAACUUGCUGAAAAGUUGCAGCACCUGGCUAAUCACCCUAAGGAGUACCAGACCUACUUGACAUGGAGACAUUAUUACCAGCCUUCAACUGUUGGUGGCAGCCGUGUUCUCUGUGACCUUUGUGUUCGACUCUAUGAUCAAGAUUUAUAUAGUCACAAAGUCAUUGAUGAUUUCUACGACUGGUAUGUUAAACAAUCAAACUGCAGUGCAAAUGGUAAAGUUUGAAACCAUAAUUGAUUCUCUUAAUGAGGUUGAAAUUGAAAUGGAUCACUUGAAAAUAUGUUGAUGUGAACUGAAAUUUUGUACAGUACAGGUACUGUAUUCAUAAAAUAGCACGGACAAGAUGGCUAUUUUUGUAGCUCAAGGUGAUGUGGUGGGAUGCUUCAGGACUAAAUAGGAAAGGAAAACUCAGAAGUAUAGAUGUCAAAAUGUUAAAUAUUAGACUAUCAGAAUAUCAAGUUGUCAUUUUAUGAUUAAAAUGCAUUCUCCACCAUCCACUGUAGUUUGAGCAAGGUUGCAUUAUCUAUUGCUUAUUGAAGGAAGUGAUGAGGACACUUUAUUUAGUCUGUAUGUCAGACAAGCUAUCAGCUUAACAAUUACUGUAUUUUGCUUCAGUAGUUGGAUGUGACAUGUUCCAGUGACAUAGUAUACUCUUGACAAGGGGCUACUUGCUCUGCCAAACUAUGGUCAAAACAUAGCUUUGAAUUCCUUCUCAGUGGUUGUCUGCUGCCAGCCAUACUGUCCACAGCCCUCCUCAAGGCAGAGUUCUACCUCUCUUUGUGGAUGAUUCAUGAAGGAAUGGGUAUUAAUUCACACUUUAUUUCAUUAUCUGCCAAUGUUGAUGUUAACCACAUGGUCCUUUCAUAUGUACAGGGUAAUAUUUCUGUACUGUUGAUUAAAAUAGCAGUGUCUUUAAGAGGUAGCUGUCAAAUAUUUUUUGCAUUUUACUGAGCAACUUUAUUGUCUCUUUCUUUGUAGAGUACAGUAAUCCUUCUUCAACCACAGGGAUUACAUUUUAUAUUGCUCCUGUGGUUGGCAAGUGCUGGGGUCAAAGUAAAAUAAAGGGCUUUAGGAAGUAAUCCCUGAGAGACAUACAGUACCUAAGUUUAGAAUUUACAACUCAAUAUUAAAAAUGCAGUAAAUGGUGUUUGCUGUACAUAUUAACAAUACAGUGAUACCCCGAUUUACGCGGUCAAUUGAACCCACGGGGUACCGCGUAGAACGAAAACCUCGUAAAUGAAAUAACAGAACAUAAGGGAUUAAUGAAGGGAUUAAUUUCAAUAAAGACUGGCCCGACCCCCAAACUCCACUUUUUCAGACACAAUGCCUACGUUGUAGUAAAAAUAACAUCUUAAUUUUAUGAUGGUAUGCACACACAAUUAAUA